AACCGCUUGGAAAGGACAAUUCGUCAACAGAGACAAUCCCUGGCCUCCAAGGGGCUCACAGUCUCCUCACGAGGAGUAGGGAGGGGGGAGCUGGGAGUUGGUACGUUCCAGGGUUGGUCGUCUCCUCACGAGGAGGAUGAAGGGGCCUACAGGACUGUCAAAGCCAGGUCUGAUCACCGUCUUCGAGCAGGAGAAUUUCCAGGGCCGCUCCCAUGAGCUCAGCGGACCCUGUCCCAACCUGAAGGACACCGGGAUGGAGAAGGUGGCCUCUGUCCUGGUGCACUCUGGGCCCUGGGUCGGGUACGAGCAGGCCAACUGCAAGGGGGAGCAGUUUGUGUUGGAGAAAGGCGAAUAUCCCCGCUGGGACUCGUGGACAAACAGUCGGAGGAGCGACUGCAUCAGCUCGCUGCGGCCCGUCAAAGUGGACAGCCAGGAGCACAAGAUCGUCCUCUUCGAGAACCCCAACUUCACGGGGAAGAAGAUUGAGAUCAUCGACGACGACGUGCCCAGCUUUCACGCCCACGGCUACCAGGAGAAGGUGUCGUCCGUGCGAGUGCAGAGCGGCACGUGGGUGGGUUAUCAGUACCCCGGCUACCGUGGCUUCCAGUACCUGUUCGAGAAAGGCGAGUACAAGGACAGCGCCGAAUUUGGGGCUCAGCACCCCCAGAUCCAGUCUGUGCGACGGAUCCGGGACAUGCAGUGGCACCAGAGGGGCGCCUUCCACCCCACCAACUGACAUCCAUCCGUCCCUCCGUCUCGGGGGUCCGGUCCCCACCGCUGGGCAACACCCUCUGUCCCGGCGAGGAAAUAAAGUGUGAACAG